CAGAACAGAUUUCGACUAAAAUAGAAAGAACAUAAACUUAUUUUUAAAUUUAAGUUAUACAAAGAUUAUUUGACCAAAGGAUUUCCAUCUGAAGUUCUCGUAUUGAGAGAGGGAUGGCGGUGAGACAGAAAGCAGUGGCAGCGCUGCCGACGUUGAUGCGAGCUUUGCGGAAGGAAUUUCCGAAGCACCAUAAUUCGCAUCCAAGCCAACCAUUGCCGUCACUCAGGCGAGCAUUCUCCCUAUACGACCAAAUCAACCUCAUAGAUAACGUUCCUGAAGAUCAACUUCGUUUCCAAGAGUUCAGUGAUACUGGAUUCAAAGUCAAUGGAGUGCAUUAUGAUGGUAGCCUGCUUUGUGUUGGGAACUUGCUAAUGUCUUGGAGUCCCAAGAAAUUUUCUGAUGUUACUCCUGAGAGGUACUCAUCUUCAACCUUACAUCAUAAAAGAAGCUUAGCCAUCUUCCAAACAAUCCACCCAGUGCCAGAGAUCCUCAUUAUUGGUUGUGGGAGGCACAUUCAGCAAGUAAACCCAGAGGUUCGAAAGUUUAUUCGUUCUACUGGAAUGAAAUUUGAGACAGUUGAUUCGAGAAAUGCAGCAUCUACUUACAACAUUCUAAAUGAAGAAGGCAGGAUAGUUGCUGCUGCUCUACUCCCCUAUGGAGUCCAAUCUUAAGGUGCUGUUUGUAUGUACUUAUAUAUGCCUUCUGAAUUCUUUUUCCUGGGCGGAGGAUCUGCUUCAGUGCUGAAUGAUCGACUACUUUUUCCAAUGACACCAAAAGAAAGAGAUAGAUUUUGAGCAACACGCCCUAAUUCCAAGUUUCUCCGACUGCGGUUUUCUGUUUUGAAACAUGAUACCAUACGGUUCUAUGCUUGGUAUAUCUUAGGUAAAGGAUUAUCAAAUCCAGUGCUGAAUAAGAUGAUUUCUUGAUCACAUUUUCUAUGGUUCUAGCAAUUUACUUGUAGAACAUUUUGUUAAAAAAAUAUGCCAACAGGAUGACUUUUUAAGUUGUUGAUUCAUUAUCAUUAUCAUUA